UGUUCCUGGAGGCAGCACCCGCGGCCCGGGGCGGAGCUUGGCCACAGUAUAGGGCUGCGGGCGGCCGGGCGAGGCGCUCGGCUCGCAGGUGGCUCCUCCUUCGCUUUUCCCGAUCCCCGUCUGCGCCAGGCACGGUGCCGGCUGGCGCGGGAACGCCUUUGUGCCAGGUCCUGGGAACCCGCAACGGCCGCUGCGCGUCCCGGCUCAUUGCUCCGCUUCUCCGGGUUCCAGGCAGGUGCGAGCGGCGCGCGGGAUCCGCACGUGUCACCGCGGCGGCUGGGGCGCCGGGACUCGCGGGCGCCUGCAGGGGCGUUCCCGGGAGCUCGACGGGCUAUGAAGCACCUGAAGCGGUGGUGGUCGGCCGGCGGCGGCCUCCUGCACCUCACUGUUCUGCUGAGCUUGGGGGUGCUCCGCGUAGACCUGGACUUCUACCUGCUGCUGCCGCCCCCCACCCUGCUCAGGGACCAGCUGCUGCUCCUGGGCGGCCCGGCCAGCUCCGCCUAUGCGCUCAGCCCCCUCCCCGCCUCGGGAGGGUGGGGGAGCGCGGGCCAGCUGCACCCCAAGGGCCGGGAGCUGGACCCCGCCGCGCCGCCCGAGGGCCAGCUGCUCCGGGAAGUGCGAGCGCUCGGGGUCCCCUUCAUCCCCCGCACCCGGGUGGAUGCCUGGCUGGUGCACAGCGUGGCGGCAGGGGACGCGGACGAGGCCCACGGACUUCUCGGCGCUGCAGCCGCCUCGUCCGCCGGAGAAGCCGGCGCCAGCGUGGACGGCGGCGGCCAGGCUGUGCAGGGGGGCGGCGGGGACCCCCGAGAGGCUCGGAGUGGCCCCUUGGGCGCCGGGGAAGAGGAGAAGGUACUCGCGGAACCGACGGCUCAGGUGCGGGACACCGGCGGAUGCGCGAGCGAGAAGAACGAGGUACUAAGAGAAAAGCAUGAAGGUGUGGAUCAUAGUUCCCAGCAUGAGGAAAAUGAAGAAAGGGCGUCAGCCCAGAAAGAGAACUCAUUUCAGCAGAAUAAUGAAGAUGAAAACAAAAUAGCCGAGAAACCUGAUUGGGAGGCAGAAAAGAGCACUGAAUCUAGAAAUGAGGGCAUCUCACUGGGAGAUAUUCCUCUUCCAGGCAGUAUCAGUGAUGGCAUGAAUUCUUCAGCACAUCAUCAUGUAACCUUCAGCCAAGCUAUAAGCCAGGAUGUGAAUCUUCAUGACGCCAUCUUGCUUUCUCCCAACAAUACAUUUAUAAGAGAGCCAGUAGCAAAGACUUCACAGCCCCAAGAACCAUUUCUGCAGUUUCAUUCUCAUACCACUAAUCCUGGGCAGACUCCUGGAACUAAUUUGACAGGAUAUCUCCCACCUGUUGACAAUCAUAUGCGGAAUCUAACAAGCCAAGACCUUGACUUAAAUAUAUUUGAUGAGAUAGAUCUAAUGUCAUUACUCGCCACAGAAAACGACCUGGAUCAAAUCGAUAUUUCUCAGCUUUUUGAUGAACUGGAUUCUGAAUCUGGCUUUUCUUUGGAUUCAAGUCACAACAGUACCUCUGUCACCAAAUAUAAUUCCUCUCCCUCUGUGUGUGAUGAAGGUGCUACAGGUUAUAGUAGUAACUAUGACUUAGGUGCUGUAGGAGGCUACUACCAAGAACCCAGUAAACUUUGUCACGUGGAUCAUGAUUCUGGUUUCCAUGGGGAUCUUACAUUUCAACACAUAUUUCAUAACCACACUUACCACUUAAAGCCAAGUGCACCAGAGUCUACUUCUGAACCUUUUUCAUGGCCUGGGAAGUCACAGAAAAUAAGGAGUAGGUACCUUGAAGACGCAGAUAGAAACUUGAGCCGUGACGAACGGCAUGCUAAAGCUUUGCAUGUCCCUUUUUCUGUAGAUGAAAUUGUCCACAUGCCUGUUGAUUCUUUCAAUAGCAUGUUAAGUAGGUACUAUUUGACAGACCUACAAGUCUCACUACUCCGCGACAUCAGACGAAGAGGGAAAAAUAAAGUUGCUGCUCAGAACUGUCGUAAACGCAAAUUAGACAUAAUUUUGAAUCUAGAAUAUGACGUAUGUAACUUGCAAGCAAAGAAGGAAACGCUAAAGAGGGAGCGAGCACAAUGUAACAAAGCUAUUAACAUAAUGAAACAGAAACUGCAUGACCUUUAUCGUGAUGUUUUUAGUAGAUUAAGAGAUGACCAAGGUAGGCCAGUUAAUCCAAACCUCUAUGCUCUUCAGUGUAGCCAUGAUGGAAGUAUCUUGAUAAUACCCAAAGAACUGGUGGCCUCAGGCCACAAGAAGGAAACCCAAAAAGGAAAGAGAAAAGAGAGAAGAAACUGAAGAUGGACUCUAUGUGAAGUACUCAUGUUCAGAAACUGACUCUUUGAAUCAGAAACCACUGAAACUUCGUAUUAUAGCACUGCUACUUGAAUAACUCAGGCUGUGUUUUGAAGCUUAUGUGGACAAAUGUUUAGGACAGGACUUCAAGAUCACACCCUUGGGAAAUCCAGGGGAGCCACAACCCUUCACAAAAUUGUCCUAAUUACAUUGUAUACAAGAUUCAUGAAUACUUGUAUUAAUAAGACUUUCCACUUUGGCAGCCAUCCUUUUUAGUAAAUUACUUCAAAAAGAGCUAACACUGGGGAUGAAAUUAUUUUAAGAGGUAUUUCAGUUUUUAAAAUGCGGAAUAUCCUUACUACUUUGUUAGCACUAUAGUGAGCUUUUCAAACAACAUUUUAAUCUAUUUAACUUAUAAAUUUUGCUUUGUGGAAAUAAAUGUAUUUGUAUUAAAAAUUAACUUUCCUUUUUAUACAGAAAUCUAAAGCAGCAAAUUUACCUUUCCUUCCCAAAAUACCCACAAUUAAGGAAUAUAGGUGACAAAUAGAGCAUUGUAGUGAUUUUCAAAACUUAGUCAGACUCAAGCCAAACUGAAGUCACAUAGUAUGCCCAAAUAAGGGAGAUCCACCCCCCAAAUACUUAAUACAGAAUACUAUGUUAGAGUGCAUUGAAUACCAAUAGUUGCUGGUAGUUUAAGCCACAGGCCUUCCUCCUGUAACCAGAGAGAAUGGGCUACCUGCAUAAACAGAACUCCUUAAGCGUAUAUUAAAUCCAUAAAAUCUGACAGUAGUAAAGCUAGCCUGAAGGGAUGGUCUCACAUCUUAUAAUACUGAGAUCUCACCAGAUCAUUAGAAGCCAUCUAAACAAAACAGAAGAGUCAAGACAGUGAAACCAUCUAAACUAUUUAAAAUGGGUAACAGCUAUGGGGGAGGGGGAAGAGGUGAAUUUGAAAAUAAACCAGGGUAGGGUAAAUUCUAGAAAUAAUAGCAUUUGAAAUGAAAACCUAACAAGUUCAUUGGCACAGUAAACAGAAGAUUGUGAAUUUUCUGAAAACAAU